AUGCGAUCUCCACGGCGCCGUCAUCGGUUAGUUGCUUACACGAGCGGAGGGCGAGGUGGCGCAGGUCUGGCAGAGCAUCAAACGACGGGCAGAGCUCGUCGGUCAGCCCGCCGCAGUGCGAAAGAUCGAGGGUCUCUAGCCGGUACAUGCAGCGGAAAACGUGGCGGAGAGCGGGUGUUGAGACUGGCACGAAUCGGAGCGCAAGCUUGCGGAGCGCCUGCAGCCGGCGGGCGAGUGUCCGCACCGUCUCGUCGGAGAUGUGGGUUUGCGAGAGAUCGAGAGCCUCGAGCUGGACGUUGUGAGCAAUGGCGGCGCCGACGGCGCCGUCGCCGAUCCGUCGGCACCCGGCAAGGUGCAGCUCGCGGAGCGAGGAGCAUCCCUGGAGAAAGCCGGCCAACGCUUUGUCCGAGAGUCGGACCGCGCCGGAAAAGUCAGCAAUUUGCAGUGCGUCCGGCGAGCAGUGGGCCUCAAAGGCGGCGAGGCCUGUAUCGGUCAUACGCCCUACGUUGCGGAGGCGGAGGACCCGGAGUGCAGGCCCUGCGGCGCGCGCCACAGUCGCGAGGCCAGCGUCGGUGA